GUUGAGUGCGGGGGCUGAGCGGGAGCGCUGUUGCUGUGGCUGCCGCUGCCCCCGCCGCCGCCGUUGCUCCUUUUUGCCGCCGCCGUUGCUGCUUCUUGCCGCCGCCGGGUUCUUUCCUUCCUCCCUCCCAGUCUUUCGAAAGUUGAAGAUGGCUGAAGUGAUAGAACAGGAAACUCAACUGUGUGACAACUGCAAAAGAGAAAUUCCCAUGCCCAACUUUACCAUCCAUGAAAUUCACUGUCGACGAAACAUCGGCAUGUGCCACCUCUGCAAGGAGCCAGUCCCGAAAUCGGAAAUGAAGGCCCACGUGGAGCUGGAGCACAGCCAGGUGACCUGUAAAUGUAACAUGAAGAUGGAAAGACGGCAGUUAACGAACCACGAGGCCCUGGAAUGCCCCUUGAGGCUUGCUGUCUGCCAGCAUUGUGAGUUGGAGCUUGCCUUCCUCAAACUGAAGGACCAUGAAGAUUACUGUGGGGCCCGCACUGAGCUCUGUGGCAAGUGUGGCCGGAAUGUUAUGGUGAAAGACCUCAAGGCUCACCCUGAAGUGUGUGGGAGAGAGGUGGAAGAAAAGAGAGAGGCGAGAACCAGGCCUCCUCAUGGCUAUGAGAGUGAGGAGGACGAGGAUGAGGAUGAUGACGAUGACGAGGAGGAGGAGGAUGGAGCGUGGUUCAUAGCACAGACUGUUCAAAACAUGCUGGGUCCCGAAAACCCCACCAGACCUCUGCAGAGGCUUUCGAGGUCCUUGGAGGAUCCCUUUUUUAGCCGUCUCAUAGCCGACCAGAGGGCAAGAAAUCCAAACCAAGGGGCUGGGCCUGCCAUGCAGCUAGACCAGAAUCGAGCGGAAAAACAGGAGAGGCACAUGGGGAAUAAAAGCCAGCUGUCCCCCCCAGUGUCUGGUGAGGAAGAUGCCCAUUUGGACUACAUGCUGGCCCUGAGCCUGCAGAGCGAGAGCGGUACCCCCAGCAGCACAGCCGCCCACCUCGAGGACUUCUGGAGAGCCGUGUGUUCUGAAGACCUCGGCCCAGCUGCGUGUCUGGGCCAGGCCCAGGACACUGACCUGCUCUACGCUGAGCCUUUCCUAGCCACGGAGGGUCCAAAGGAGUCAAAGAGUGAUGAGACCAUGCUGCCUUGUGAGUUUUGUGAGGAGCUUUAUCCUGAGGAAGACCUGAUUCUUCAUCAGACGGGCUGUAACCCUGCAAGUGCCCUGGCUUCCUUCAGUAAGAGAAGCUCUCCCCCACGCCUGUCCCAGGACCAAGGGGACCGCGAGGACCGUGAGGACCCGCUUCAGAGGUUCCUGGACCUGCCAGCCACACGGGCUGUCAGCAGCAGGUUCCGCUCCCUGUUGGGUCUGCCAGCUGCGCCCUCCAGGGAGAGCGUCAUUAUUCCCUGUGAAUUCUGUGGCAUUCAGUUAGAAGAGGAAGUCCUUUUCCACCACCAGGACCAGUGUGACCUCCGCCCGGGCACUGGCGUCCCCGUAGAAUGGCUGCUUCCCGACUGUGAACCACUUCCCAAACAAGACAAGUUGCGGCUGGAGAAGCCCCCGCAGGCGCCCAGGCGGCGGAUCAGACACCAAGGAGACUUGUCUUCUUGCUAUAUGGACGACAUACGGCAGGAAGCAGCCGGCAAACCAAAGUACCCCCUGCCCCCCAGCAGGUCCACGAGCAGCAUAGGGCUUACCCGAAACAGACUGCCUAAAGCUGCAUUGGACCCUCGGCCCGGGGUGCUGUCCAGCCCUCCCCGCGUGCUGAAGGCCAGCAACUUGGAUAGCUUGGAGACAAGAGGCCAGAGUCGCAGGAAUCACAGCCCCGCCAUGGGGCCCAUCCCCGCCAUUCGGCCUACUCGAAGUUUAUACCCUGAGAAUUAUGUGCCCAGUUUCUCCCGGGUACCUCCAGUGAGACAUGGAUCAAGUGUAAAGAAUGAGGUUGGAAGGAACUCACGGAUUACCCCUGCUGCCGCCAACUUCCGAAACAGGACCACUAAGACAAAAUCUCCUAAACCAGCGGCUGGUGAUGCUGAGGAAGAGGAGGAAUAGCCUCAGGGCUGGAGAUGUUAGCUUGGUUUGACCCUUCUAUGCACAGCAGCGCCUGCCCUGGUGCAAGAUGCUGGCUCUCUGAUUGUUCCAACAGAGAACCUCGUAUGGAUUUUAAUUUUUCUAGGCAGCCUUCAUUUUCUAACUUUUUACACUGGGAAGCGGUCAGAGUGGGGAGGAUCGUUCAGAGCCCAGGGAGGCCGGCCUAGUCAGACUUCCAUGUCUGCCUGUGGGCUGGGGCCUUGUCGAGGUCGAGAAGCCCCUCGGUGAAAGGCUUCCCUGUCCCACGAGGCCCCGUCUCCUUGCAGUGUUGUGGGGGUGGAGGGUGGGUAGUGGCCCUGGCCAGUCAUCUCCUUCCUGCCUUCUGUGCUGUCUGUGAAGUCAUUCUCCUGUUGCCUGAGGGGAGCUUGCUCAGUGUUUUUUGGGGCUUUCCUGUAGCCAGCUGACCUAUAUGCUCCUGUUCUCUGUGCUAGCUUUGAAAUUCAUGUCCUGAACAGUAGACUUCCCUUGGGUCAGGGAACUCCAGUGAGGGGGAUGUUGGGUUUUGGCCAAAAGGGGGAACCAACCACCAACCUUGAUGUUUUCACUUCGAGGUGCUGGACCUCGGGGACUGGUGUUAGGCCCACCAGCGCAGCUCCUUCCUGGGACUUGAAGAGCAUUGCCCCAGGGGCGUUCGGGGGUGGCCGUUCAGGAAACCUUGUCAUUGGUUCCCUGAUAGGGCUGCUUGUCUGUGAAAAUAGCCUAUCUCACUGGAGCCGCAGGGUGGACCUGGGCCCCCUGCAGAGUGGUGUUCUCACCCCCCCCCCCCGCCCCCAAGCAGUUCUGCAGGUUGG